AUGCUAUCUAUAAGUAGAACAUUAAGUGGGAGAAUAAUUGCUUCUCAAAAUUUCAUACGUAACUUAACGAUCAGUCAAAAACAUUUCAAUAACACAUCAUCAUCAUCAUCCAUCGAUCAAUCAUCAAUAAAUAAUUUAAAAAGUAAAAAAUCAUGGAGUGAAUCUAAAAAUUCUUCAUCUUCAACUUCAUCAGUACAAUCAGAAAUAACAGAAAAUUUAUCAAAACUAACAGAAAAUAUGUCAAAUGGUGAACCACCAAUUCAUAUAGCACAAUCAUUACAAAAAAAAUUUAGAUCAGGUACAACUUAUAAUCCAUUUGAUUUUAGUAUGAAUAGAUAUAGAAUGGAAAGAAAACAAAAUCAACAAAUUCAAAAAAAAGAUCCUUUUGAAAAAAGUGGUAUAAAUCCAAAAAAUUUAUAUUUAAUGCCUGAGAUUUUAUCACAAUUUUUAACUUCAACUGGCCAAAUUUUACCAAGAUCAUUAACUGGUUGUAAUUCUAAAAAUCAAAAAAGAUUAACUGCUGCUAUUAAAAAUGCAAGAAAUUUAGGAUUAUUAUCUACUGUACAUAAACAUUAUAGAUUUUUACCUUCAAGAAACAUAUAG